CGGACAACACUAACUGUUUAUUUCCCUUAGGUGUUAGAUGUCCCCUCUGGAAAGCUAUUGGCUUCUCUACAGGGCCAUACAAAGUCAGUGUUUCACUGCCAGUUCAUCCAGAAUGGCCAAAAGCUCAUCACAUCCUCUGAGGACACCACUAUCCGUAUGUGGCACUGGCAGUCAGGGGAGUGUAAAGUACUACAGGGCCAUAAGGAGCAAGUCAGAGGUUUCUCAGUGCUCUCCAACUCUCCCUCAAGGUUGUUGUCCUGGUCUUUUGAUGGCACGGUCAAGGUAUGGGACAUGGAGAGUGGACAAAGGCUACAAGACAUAGAGGCUCACAGAGGAGCCAUUCUGUCCUGCCACAUGUCCCCAGAUGGAUCCCUGUUCACUACCACCUCUGCAGACAAGACUGUCAAGGUGUGGUGCUGUGAAACCUGGGGCUGUGUCCACACUCUGAAGGGUCACUCCGAGUGCGUUAGGAGCUGCAGAUUCUCAUGGGAUGGCCGAUGCAUUGCUACAGGAGACGACAAUGGAGAGAUAAGACUCUGGAGUGUGACAGAUGGCUCUCUGCUGAAGAUUUGCUCACGAGAAGGAAAAGAUGGUAUAGACUCGCUUCAUGGCGGCUGGGUGACCGAUCUGCACUUCUCACCAGACGACUCUCUCCUCGUUUCAACUGGAGGAUACAUCAAGUGGUGGGAUGUGAAGAGAGGAGAGGCUCUACAGACUUUCUACCCAAAAGGACUUGGUCUGAAGAAGAUUCAUGUGUCUCUGGACUUCUCCACCUUCGUCACCAUCGACAACAUUGGCAUUUUGUAUGUUCUACAGAAAGUCACUCCUUCAGUCUAAUCAAAACACUCGCAAUGCAUCACCAUCACAAAAAGCAUACAGACACAGUUCGGUCUAUUAAUUUUCAAGGGCUAUAAAUCUUUCAAAUAAGAGCAUUUGGGGCAUCCAUCUUAUACGUACACUUGUUUACUAUAUGUCCCAGUGGGUGCUGAUGCUCUCUUCAGCCUAAAUAUAACGAUGGGACUGUGGUUGGGUGAUUCUUUUACCCAGGAUGAGUGCUUAUUCAAUUACAACAAAUAUCAGAUUUAUUACCUGUCUGUGUUUUGAGCCAUCUAAGUUUAAAGUUUACUCAAAUGUGAAAGAUUAAUGAUGAGGGCUACAAAUCUUCAUACUAGAUUAUUGCGGAAAAGUUGGUUUGCUUUACUUCACUUCAGAGUUACAUACAUACAUUACGUAACAUAUUUUUUUACAUUUGUACAUAUUCAUACAGUAGUGGACGCAGACACUGGAGACAAGAUGAGUGAAGAUGCCAAAGACAAAAGUAUCCACUCAUCUGAGCAGCAAUUGAACCAGCAACCAUUGGGUUUGCGCUCUUCCACUGAGUCUUUGUCAUACUCUCCAUGGGUUGCAGAAUAAUUAAAAAAGAGGGCUGUUGCCAUUAGGGAUGGGCAUGAUUAAUCGAUAAUUGAUCAUUAAGAAUUUAAUCGAUUACGUAAAUUUUAAUCGACAAACCGAAUGUAGGUUGCUGUGCGUAGCGUGACCAAACAGGGGUCUGUACAUGUGUCUCUGCACUCAGAAGGAGUGAGACACAAACAUUCGGUCAGUCUGCAGCGUACCGAAGCACAAAUGCGUAUUUAACGAUGAUUUGUACAAGAAAUUCCACGCUUUCCGUUGCGUUCGGGACAAGUGUGAGUCCAUGUGCACAGUGAACAAAGCAGGAACAUAUGUUUCAGUGUCCAGUGGGAAAAAGCUUUACCAGGUGAGAGUCGCGCAAUGUCGAUGACGAGGACCCACCUCCCUCCCCCCGUACAGUGUCCUGGUUUUGACAAACGCAAAUAUGGUCACACUAACCUGUAUUCCACUGAGUCAUGUCUUUUAAUCCAACAGAAAUUGACCGCAUCAGCGACACAGGAGCUGUAGUUUUAUCUUCGCUGAGUUUAUGAAAAUUAGUGAUGCGGUUUUAAGUUUCGUUUCUGUGAGAGUUGCGCAAAACUGAAUUAAACACAUUAUAAUCUAAAACGGAUUGAUGUGGCUCUAGAGUCGUUACGGUUUAUAUGUCGUAAAGUUGAAUUCAUUUAUUUAUUUAUAAAAACGUUAAUGAUUAAUCGAUAAUCGAUCGUUAAUUCUUCCGACGAUCAAUUAAGAAAAUUUCAUCGAAUGCCCAUCCCUAGUUGCCAUAGCAAUUGAACAUUUAAAACAAAAUAUUAAAUCUUUUGAAUGGUGGAAAGGAAGCUGAGACCCAAGAACACACAAAUAUCCAAGCAAUUACAGCUUCCUCUUAAUGAACAAUUUUAUUAUAAUUUUUUUUUAUUUCAGAAAAAAAACACUAAAAUGAACAAAAAAUAAAGGGCAAGUGCAGUAAAGAUGAAAGAAUUGAGCUGAAGUACCGUGUCUCCGCAAUAUUUCUAAUGUGUUUAUGCAUUUGGUAAUCCUCAGUGCAUUUUAUCUCUGUAGAUCUGUAAGCUAUCAUGGUCCCACUAACGUGAAGUGGAUAAGAACUAAUUUAUUGUUCUGUUCAAUGUGUGACUGUGAUGUGUCUUCACUGUGAAAAGAAGAUAAUUUAGACAAAAUGAUGUUAUUAUCAAAGCCUUGUCAUUAUCAAGUAUAUGUGAGUUGUGCUUAACGUAUGGUCAGGCCUUCACCAGCAUGCAUAGAAAUUCAUGUGCACUUUUGAUAUUAUUAUUUGUGGUUAUUUAAUAUUGUAAAAUCUUUGGGACAUAUUUGUAUGGCAUUUUUUAUUGUCUUAACAACAAACAUUUUAUACAAGAUGGCAUUUUGAAACAUAUUUCUUGUUCAAAUACACUUUUUACCGUCUUUUGCAACUUUGUAUUUAUUUACGGUAUGUUCUCUUAACCCAAGUCUCUGAGCACUUUGACGCUGAUAACAAUCCCCUGUAUUGUUCUCUUAAGAGCCUAGCAAAUCCUUACUUUGAAACACUAUGAGCCAUCAUUAUUCAGCAAGUGCUAGCCUUUCCAUGGCUGUAUACCACUAAAGAUAAUGUUAAUGCUGUCCUUUAUACUCUAAUGGAGCAGAAGGGAUGUAGUCUUAGAUAUUUUGUUAAAUGGUGCUUUCACGAUCAAAUCAGUGCAGUCAAAACAUUGUUGUUGGUAGGGAGACCCAUAAUUUUAAAAUACAUUUUUUCCCUCAGGACUUCUAAAUUUUUUAUAAUGUAUAAUUGAUGACAAAUUAAACAUCACAGGCUUUGAAACUCUA